AUGCAGCUUAUUUUUAAAUAUCUCACCUGCAUUUAGGAUUUUAAAUAUAAUUUGAUUAAGAGUUAAACUAAGGAGAAAAUAUUAGGGAGAACGAAGUAAGUAACUUGCAUUUCUUUUUAUAAAAUACAUUUAUAAUUAUAGCAACGCUGUUUGAUCUUUUGUUUAUAAAUUAAGGCAGAUUUAAUAAUCUUAGAAAUGCCCUUUAUCUACAAAUCUUAUUUUUAAUAAAUUCUUACUAUCGUUCUAUAAUUUGGGUAACUAAAUAUUUUAAAUACGGUCCCUAAUCAAGAUAAAUAGUUAUAAAUGAUUUCAACUCUGAGGAUUUAUAAUAUAAACAAAUAAUAGAAGAAAAAUUCAAGAUAUUGCCAUAAGAGUAGUUUAUUUAUUUAAAAAUAUAACAAAAAAGCUAUAUUUUUUAUAAAGAUCUACUUAUAUUUUUACUUCAACAAAAUAAAAAAAUCAUAAGCAUAAUUUUCAAAACUUCUCAUAGGAAUAAUAUGUUUAUUAAAAAUAGCAAAAGUAGAAUAAUAGAGAUAUAAGCUAUUGAUAUCCCUUUUGCAGUUGUGA